AUGCAGGCGUAUCACUUGUUAUUGGUGUGCAUGUACAUCAGUUGCUCAGCUUACACGAAUGCAUCGACCGCUGAAGAUCCCAAUCCCAACACUUACGCAGAGUUCUCAAGAAUGAGCCACGCUGCAAAAGACAACGGUGAAAGUAAUCGAGCUCUAAGAACACACAACCCGGACAGAGAAGAAAGAAUGAUGUCACUAGCAUCUCUUGAGAACUGGCACGCGAAGCUCAUGGGGAAGACCUUCGAGCAAGUAAACUCAAUGUUUAAUAAAGGAAAGUUUAAUCCUCCUAAAGGUACGACGGUCGGCCAGGCGACGGAUUGGACGUGGUCGAAGACUAUCGCCUUUUUCGAGCAAAUGAAGAAGGACAACACAACACCUGAGAGCUUGAAGGAGACCCUGAAUAUUGCUCAGAAAGAAGCGACGAUGUCGGCUAAAGCCUUGAGAAAAGACCCUGACUACCUCAUGUACAACGCCUUCAAGACCUUUUGGGAUAAUAAAAGCCCCGGGGUUUAA